AUGACACGACUCUUCAUACUGCCCGCCAUAUUCGGCAUCUCCUCCCUCUCACUAUGGUACAUGAUAUGCUCCGCUCCCGGCUGGCCCGAAUCAGGUAAGAGUACUGUAGAAUGGGACGAAGCCGAACAGUAGCCCUUUUGCAGAAGGCGGCGUGUUCGAAAUCCCGAAACAGUUCGACAAUUUCACAGUGCUAGCUGAGAAGUUUCGAGCGUACAAGGAAGACCAUUUCGGCUACAUCACCACGCUUUUCAUCUGUGCCUACCUCUACAAACAGACGUUCGCCAUCCCCGGAUCGUUUUUGCUGGUGAGUCUUUCUAUCAGCAUACAUAUUGCGCAAGUGCGUGACGUAUUCUAUUUCCGUCGGCUGUAAUCACGGUUUCUUGUUGCGUUGCUGCUGCUGCUGCUUCUGUUAUCCGCUGCGCUGUUGUGAUGAUGAUGGCACUGUGCGGCGGCAGUGGCGGAUAAACUUGAUUCCGAGCGGGUAUUCUCUUAUCACGUCACGAAGGGCCCACGCGACGCCACGCAGAUAAACGCGUACACAAAAAGAUGUGGGAUGAAUAGAGAUGCGGCAUAAUUCGAUGUGAAAAAAGAGAGAAAGGCGAAGAAACGUUGUGUGAAAGGAAACAAAAGCGAAACCGGACACUUUCUAUUCCAGAACGUGAUUGCGGGAGUCGUGUACGAUCUGUGGUCGGGAUUCAUCCUUUGUUGCUGCCUUACAACGCGUGAGUUUCUUUUUCCAUUUCUUUCGGAAUGGAUUUGACUGCGAAUGUAUGUAGUUGAAUUCGAUGACUAGUCACAAGAAUUCGGGUUAUUUUGAGCAAGAUAGUAUGAUCAGAAGAAACACUGAAUAUAUGGGAGGAAUAAGGGAUUCAGAUAGAUGAUAGUCGUAUUUAAGGAUUCUAAAAAGGCUUUCCCUUAGUCUGCAGCUACCAAGUUUUCUGGUGUUUGACCCGUUACACAUGUGAAAGUGACAAAAAAUGAUACGGUUAAUUAGUGAUCCGCUAAUCUCAUCAGUCGAUUUUCCAGUUGGAAGUACGCUAUGCUACUUGUUCUCGGAGCUGUUCGGCAGGGAGUACGUCUUUUACUACUUUGGCACGAAACUGACGUACCUGCAGCAGAAGGUAGGAGCUCUUGGAUCCAUCGGUGCUCUGUUUUACCGCUUUCUUCAGAUCGAUGACAAUUCGAAUCGGUUACUUCCUUUCCUGCUGUUCGCUCGAAUGUUCCCGAUUUCGCCGUCAUGGCUUCUGAACAUCGUCGCGCCGUUCCUCAACAUCCCUCUGCCCAUUUUCGUUGUUUCCGCUCUUUUCGGUACGCCCGUUUUUCUUCCCUUUCCGUCCCAUUUGACACUCCAUUCAGGUCUGGCGCCCUACAAUUUCAUUUGCGUUCAAGCCGGAUACAUUCUGAGGGAUUUAAGAUCUUGGGACGACGUGUUCAGGUUCGUCGCUUCACGGCGAUCCUUUUCAUUCUUCUUCUGUUUUCAGCACAACAACGAUGCUGAAACUGUUCUCGUUCGCGUUGAUACCACUGGCCUACGCGAUCUACAUUCGUCCCCGCGCAAAGAAACAUCAGGUGAGGAGAGGGCGAAGGAAACCAUUUGCUCACGUUGUAUAUUGGAAAAGUAAACAGGACGACUGUUGACAUGGCACGGGCGGCAGAGACUACUUGACUUUUGACAGUUGGCAGUAAACGAACGAGUCUAAUCUUAAAGGAUAACAAAAUUUAUGGGGGAAAAAUCAGAGGGAUCCAUGACAAAAGCCAAUCGUUUUCAGCUGGUCUCCAGUUCCGACGAAGACGAAAAAGUGAAAAGGAUGGAGAUUGUGUGA